CAAUGGCAAAGGGCGCAUCCUGCUAGUGCUUGAUGCCAGCAGUCUAGGAAGGAGGCCUGUUUAGUAGACGGACGAUCUAACGCUCGGAGUUACCGAGGCCCACAUCGGAGUUCGAAGCUCUAGAAGAGGUCAGGUGGCCAGCUGCGCUGAAGUAAUCAUGGCUCAGGCCAUGGCGUCGCCAGUCGCAGCGUCCAUCUCUACUGCCAGGCUAGCGCAGCCAGCAGCGUCGCUCUCCGCCUCGCCGUCCUGGCAGCAACCCUUCGUCGGCCUUCAGUCACAAUCGUCCUCCGUGGCGUCGUUGCGCGGCGGCGCCCGCUCGCUCUCGGACCGCCUCUUCCACACCGUCGCCGCCGCCACCGCCGCCGCUCGUCCUGCCGGCGCGGGGCGGCGAGCGCGCGUGGUGAUGAUGCCCAUCGGCACGCCCAAGGUGCCGUACCGCACGCCGGGCGAAGGCGGUUGGCAGUGGGUCGACAUCUGGAACGUGCUGUACCGCGAGCGCAUCAUCUUCAUCGGGCAGUUCAUGGACGAGGAGUACACCAACCAGGUGCUCGCCACCAUGCUCUACCUCGACAGCCUCGACUCCUCCAAGCCCAUGCACAUGUACAUCAACAGCCCCGGGGGCGAGUUGACGCCCACGCUAGCCCUGUACGACACCAUCCGCUCCAUCAAGUCCCCUGUCGGCACUCUCGCUCUCGGCUAUGCCUAUAACAACGCCGGUUUCCUCCUCGCCGCUGGCACCAAGGGUCUGCGUGUGGCCAUGCCCAUGACCCGAGUGGCACUGCAAUCGCCUGCGGGGGCGGCGCGUGGCCAGGCGGAUGACAUUCAGAACGAGGCGAGGGAGCUGUCCCGGGUUCGCACGUACGUGUUUGGGGAACUCGCUAAGAUGUCAGGCCAGCCCGUCGAGAAGGUGACUAAGGACCUGUCACGGAUAAAGAGGUUCAGUGCGCAGGAGGCGCUGGACUAUGGCCUCAUCGACCGCAUCGUCAGGCCGCGCCGAGUCAAGGCCGAUGCCUCCUCUCGCCAGCCCAUUGGCGCCGGCCUAGGCUGAUGCCUGCGAGCUCUGCUCUCUGCUCUUCACUCAGCAUGAUCACUUAGUGUAGCUUGUUUCUUACUAUGGCGUGCUUCUACGUACACUCGAGGAAGCCGGGUCACCAAUCUUUGUGGGCCUUAUGAUUUUGUUAGCGCAGCCCCCGAAACACAAUGUACUGCAGUCCUCCAUUGCUGUUUCAGAAGCAUUCGCAUGGGUGCUGGUGACGUGGAUCAUUCCAUGUGCUUAGUGUAGUUGCUAGGGUAG